GUUUCACCACUGACAAGCAAGAAACUUCGUCUCAAAGCCACUAUUUACUGCACAAAAUUUGAUAACGCCUAGCAAUCUAUCGACUUCAUUUCAACUGAAUACUAUUCUACGGUAUCUAAGGUACAAGAAGAGGUUAGCCACCCUACAAGAUGUUGAGUGGAAUUGCCAACCUGAUAUUCGGUGCUACUCCCGUUGAGGAGGAAAUCACUGCCAAUGUGAAUCUCAAGGUGACGCCUGUGGAAAAUGAAUGGGCACUCGUUGACAAGCAUGAAAAUGAUUGUGGCGAUGCCGGAAGUGCUGAAGUGGUGAUUCUUGAUGGUAGCUCGCGAGCCUCAUCAUGUUCGUCUUCUAGCCCCAGCCAUAAAUCAACAACUCAUAAUACCCCAUCUCAUUCUAGUAGUCAUUCUAAUUCUCAUUCUGAUGACGUUCGCAUGGAGGAGAGUUGGUUGGUGACACCCCCUCCAUGUUUUACUGGGGCGGGCAAAAUGCGUCACCGACUGGAAACUAACCCUCUGGAAAAUUUACUUAUAGAACACCCUAGUAUGUCCGUGUACAACACGAGAGGACGACAGAGCAGCACGGGAGAAGAAAGUGUGUCUGAGGCUUCCAGUGUCCAUGAGUUAGACCCGACGAGUUCCGCGGUGCAACCGCGCCCCUCACCCCGCCGUCCAAGAGCUGUGGCAGCACGUGCUGGAUUAGUGGCGCAAACCGUAGAACUUCUAAAGCCUAUGCAACUGCGUGAGCAAAGACUCUAUUCAAAGAAAUUAAGUAAGAAUAAGUUAGAAAGAAACAAUAAGGUGUAUCAACAACGCCGCCAUACAAGACAAGGGAAACUUCUAAAGCAGCCAAAAUCUGCCGGUAAAAGGAAGUGCUAGUUUUGUGUGACCUUCAACUACGAUGAAGAUUUUCUGAACACGACCUGGCUUUGUUUUGGACUAUGGAUUGAACAACAGUUGACGUACAAAGAUUGCCAAGAACAGUUGUAUAUUUAAAUAUUGUUGUUAUUAUAUUGUACAGUUUUAAUUAAGGUUUUAAUAAACCUUUUCUCGCUACCGAAAUGCAUCCAAAGUGCAUUGUCAGUAUUUUAUUUCUCCAUGCGAAAGAUUGUAUUGCAUCUUGUGUCAUUUUAAAGAUUGUGCAAGUUAUUUUAAGACAAUCUCGUCAGACUCGAUCUAUCUGUUUGUGAGUUUCGAUCUUUCAUUUCACUAUAAGACCUCACUGUUACAUCGUCAUCUCUCUAUCAGAAACUGCAGCAUCAGAUGUAUUCUGGAGUAAAUGUUGUCAAACGCAUGCAAGGAAUUUUAACGGGAAUGAUAUUGUGUUGGGACAUCUUCUUAUUAUGUAUACUAUCAGUCUAGUUUCGGUUCUGUCAGUGCUCACCACACGAGUCCGAUUUCAUUUGUUGCCAUUGUUUGUACAAGAAAAUGUAUGUGACAUAUUCAUACCAAGCAAUGAUAUUUGAUGGAACAUCGUCACGUGCACAAUGAUAAAAGCACACACACUCAUAUAAGGAUGCUGCUUGUCGGAAAACAAGAUUCAGGAUUGUGACAUGAAACUUGAAUCCAUAGAUGGGACGUUAAAGAAGAAAACUAUUUGGUUGAAAUAAAUGUGAUGGAAAUUUUUGGAUGCCAUCAAAUAUGGUACAUGUAUGUAUUCACUUUCACCAAAACACUUCCAAGUAAUUGGAUGUUUCAUUACCAGAAAUAUUGUAGUACGGGUUUCCAUUGAAAGCAAUAAUCAUGGAGUUUGUGUUGUCAAAUUCAGGGUUUAUGUUCCAAACAUGACAGUAAAAUUAAAGUUGUUGCAAGAAAGGCCAGUUUUGGUUCCAUUGUGAAGAUAGUUUACCAACUAUGGUGGAAUUUGCUUUUGCCCGGUCUCCAUUAGUGGUUUUUACUGCAAGUCUAGAAGAGACCUGAUAGUGCUACUGCUUAGUCCUGGGCACAUUCAAGAUUUUCCACAAAUCAAGAAAAGAGCUGAGUGGAUUAUAUAAAUCUGCAGAAUUUAUUAUGUACACUGUUGAUAAAUUUACAUCAUUGAAUUUCAAUGUUUGAAAGAUCUUUAUCGUGUGAUUCUGUUGCAUCGAUUAACAAGUAAUACAGGGAUGCAGCUUGUCCCAUGGUAAACCGGUAGCACCUCUUGUUUGGAAACCAAAAUUUGUAAGGAACGUGGUCAGUUUUUAUGACGAGUUAGAUUUUAACCUGAUAUCAUCCAGAAAGCACGCAAAAGGAAUAAAAUAGGUGACUGAGGCAGUUUACUUUGAGAAUUGCAAAUAUAACAAAGUUCCAUUUACAAUGCCUAGCAAUCAAAAGAUGCAGUUUUAUGCAUCUGGCAGUGAAAAAGCAAUUCAAUGCAAAUAAUGAGAUACAUGCAAAACCUGGUCCCUUCUAAUACAUUACUAAUAAAAUAGUCAAUAUGACUACCUAUACCUGACAAAGCAUAAACACUUGGUGUGUAAUAUGGGGUAGACAUGCUAAUUUAAACAUUCCAUAUAUUGAGACUCCCAGCUGCACCACUGGCGAAUGCUAAUACUACUCCUCAUUUGAGUAAAAGCAGUUAUCAAAAUUCUUAAACAAUAAUUUAAACUUCAAGAAAAUAAAUCCAUGGUGCAACACAUAAUCACCAGACCUGAACUCUAUAAUCAUGUACUUAUAGAUUAGUUAUCUGGGGUUAGCUCAGGCCAGUAGUGCAGUUGUGCGUAACAGCAUAUGGAUGUCUCAAGUGCCUUCCAACCGGUGACAUAACUGUGGAAAGCUCUACCCUGUUCGUUUUCAAAAAUUUGAAAAACUGAACUCAAAUUAGAAAAUUUCUAAUUGAGUACAUACACAUUGAAUAUUAAUCAUGAAAAUGCUGUUGUACAGACAAUAUCAAAAUACUACGAAUACAAAGUUUCAGCAAAUUUGCAUGCACAAUAAGUGCACUAAAGCACUGUGUACUACUUUUUCCUGAACCACCAGUAAAUACAAUGGAGACGAACAGCGUAGACCUUUAAAGUCGAACAGUGGGGUUAUUUCCAGCCUGAUAACAAGGCUUUCAGGGUAUCUUACAUGUUUAUGUAAUUUUCAUGGAUCACAAUGUCAUGACAGUGGUACUGGCUGUAUAAAACUUUAUAUUAUUGAGGUGGCAACAACCUAUUUUGAACUAGGUUAGUCUACGUAUGCAUUUCCAACGACGUAUUAUCAAAUAUCAAAUACUAGCGUUGCAGGGAUAUUCAAUGUUCCUAGGCACAUGUUCAUUAACCUGUCUAUGUUGGGGAAUAAAUGUGAUUCGUACAGCGAUGGUUGUCCGUUCUGGUGAGAAGCCAUACUGUAUCUAACAACUGAAACCAUCAUGUACAUAUCUUGUACAUCUGAAAAACAUAAAUGUUAAAGGGGAAAUAGUCUUUUGUUGUAGGGUGAAAAUUCGGACGAAGGCGAUGAUAUUGAGUGUAUAUAGACAUUUAUACAAAUUAACUUAAUAUUUGCCUCAAAAUAGUUUCACAUUGCUUGAAUAAUGUGUAGAUGUCAAAGGUAUAGUAGGCUAAAUCAUUAUUCGGUAUAACCUCACCCUGCAAUAAGAAAGACUGUUUCCCUUUAAAUUGAGUGCACAACAAUGACAGUGCCACCGAAAUAUCAUCUCCUUUGUGUAUUCUGCAGUUAUGUCUUUCAAGCACGGACUUUGCUCAAAUCAAACUUCAAAAGCAUCCUGGAUACCAGGGUCCUCCCUUUGCAAAAGCAAGGUGAGGAGAUAUAAGGAGUACUGUGGUGUCAAGGAUGGCCCAACAGGGAACUGCCGGUUAUAGCAUGAAAUGCAAAAGUGAAGAGCUUGUCAAACACAAUUAGAAGAUCUAGCGAAGAUAAACAAAGCCUAAACUGGUUUGUUUGCCAUUACAAGAGCUGGUGCUGGUCAUUGAUUUGAUCCUACACUUGCAGAGAUAACAUUGGUUGAUACAAUUUUCCCAAAGAUGAUGUUAGGCUGUUAAAAUGCAGCAAUAUUCUAAAUAUUUGAAUUGAUGAUGCAAAUUGCAAUGCAAUGAUAAUGGAAGAUAAAAUUAUUUUUAAUUUCAACUGAAAUGUAGUAGGGAGGGUCUGGAAUUCUUAUACCAGGAUCAGUCGGGUCCUAUUUCCGCACAUGGUGAAGAAUCCUUCUUAUGUUAAA